AUGAUGAGAGGUGGUCGAAGCUUCGUGUCUUCAGCUCCUGCUUUCUCUAACGACGCAAGGAAACUCCUUGUUUGCACCGCCAACACCGUCUCCAUCUUCAGCACCGCCACCGGCUUGCAGAUAACCUCACUUGAGGGUCACACAGCGCUUGUCACCUCGGUCAUCGUGGUGCCAGCGUCGAAUCCAGCCGCCAAGGUUUUGUGUUAUUGUUGGACCGCCUCGCUUGAUGGUACCAUUCGUUAUUGGGAUUUUUCGGUGCCUGAGUUAAUGAAGACUAUCGAUAUUCGAAUGCCAAUUUUCUCCAUGGUGAUUCCAUCUUUCCUAGACGUUCCGGCUGAGGAUAAUGAAAAGCGCCGAGACCUUUUCGCAUAUGUGUCUGCUGAAGAUAUGAAGGAAACAAAAGAGAAGCCUAAAGGCUUGCGGAGACAAAUCCGGAAGUGUAACUUAAGCAAAUCUCGUUUAGUUGGUAGAUUAAUUUUGGGAGAGACAAAAAAGCCAGAGGUUUUAACUGUUAGUCCUUCAGGAAAAUUUUUUGGCAUCCAAAAUAAGUGUAAGCUUCAUGUAUGGAAGGUUCCUGAUCCAGGGUCUGAGCAUGCAGCAGUCACAAAGAUAACACUACAUCAUACAAAGAAGAUUACUGUCAUUGCAUUCCAUCCAACUCAGAGAAUUGUAGCUGCAGGGGAUGUGACUGGGAGAAUUUUAAUUUGGAGGGGAUUUGGCAAUAGAACUUUUGCUAUAGGAAAUAGAGGAGUGAAUGAAAGGUUGAUAGAUGUUCAAGAAGACCAACCUGGUGUGAGGGAUAAUGAUGAUGCUGAUUUGUGCUCUACAUGGCAUUGGCACCCUACUGUAGUCAAUGUCCUCUCUUUCUCUUCGGAUGGCGCAUAUUUGUAUUCAGGUGGUAAGGAAGGAGUGCUUGUGGUUUGGCAACUAGACACAGGCAAGAAGAAAUUUCUGCCACGAAUUGGAUCUCCUCUGCUGUAUUUUGUGGACUCUCUUGAUCCUACCCUUUCCUCUAUAUCAUGUGCAGAUAAUCAAAUUCACCUACUGAAAAUGCCUUCAAUGGGAAUUUUGAAGACUAUUUCGGGGAUAAAGGCUCGAUGCUCUUAUCCUGAGAUGUAUAAAGGGUUGGGUAAUGGGAUUGCUUUUGAUCAAACUGCUGGGUUGGUUGCCUUACGCACAGAGAAUUAUUGCAUACAAUUUUACAGCCUAUUUGAUGAUCGUGGAAUUUCUGAGGUUCAAGUUUGUGAGAGAAACCAUCAACCAGGCGAUGAUGUCACGGUAAUAGUGACUGCAGUGGCUCUCUCCCUUGAUGGCUCUGUUAUGAGCACUGCUGAAGUGAAGCUUGCUGAAGAGGGCAUAGGUGGUCUAGUUUCCCUAAAGUUUUGGGCAUCAGGAUCUCAGAACAAAGAGUUUAGCUUGUCAACCAUUGUUUAUGAACCACACAGGGAUGCGGCCAUUUCUGCUGUUGCAUUCCAACCUGCUGGUGAUAUGGCGGUUAGUUCAUCUUAUGGUGGUGACUUCAAGGUUUGGAUAUGCAGCAAUGAGAGUCCACAGAAUGAUCAGAUGCGUCAGAAUUCUAGCUGGAUUUGCCAUGCUAUUGGUUCUUAUAAAAAAAAGCCGAUGACUGCUGCUGCAUUUUCUGCUGAUGGUUCUGUUCUUGCUGUUGCAGCAGAAACCCUUAUUACAUUAUGGAACCCAUACAAGAAUGAUCUCUUGGCUGUACUUGGGGAAACUCUCACGCCAAUUGUUACCCUAUCAUUUGUUGGGAUGUCAGAUAAUCUUGUUGCUGCAUCACGUGGUUCGAAGCCACAACUGUCUGUCUGGAGUAUGUCAAAGUUAUCACUAUCUUGGUCAUAUAAGCUUCGUACAGAAGCUGUAGCUUCAGCUGUUGAUUUAUCUUAUUUUGCUGCUCUGGCCCUUCUUCCUGAAUCAUCUAAUGAAACAACUUUUGAAGAAAGGGAUGGUGUAAUAUUAUUAUACAAUGCAACUGAUCCUGUUCCUACUGCAAUCUGGUCUGUGAAGAAGGCCAAGGGAGGGGCUCUUGGUUUUCUUCAAGUAAACCCAUCUUCUGUUGAAGAAAUCAGCAUAGAUGGAAAAACACCUCAGGUGAUGCUUGCAUACAUGAAUGGUGAUCAUGAAUAUGUUCUCUUUGACCCAUACAGCAAAGAUGCCCAUGAGGUUAGCAUGAGCCGAAAGGAAGGUCUCGCUGCCCUUGAACAGAAAGGACAAGCAGGGCAGUUUGGGUAUGCGUCCAUCUAUGGUGAGCUACCAGAGUUUGACAUGAAGAGAACCCAGACUUCUUGGGUUCCAUCGUUUCCAUCAGAGAGACCUUGGGAAUCCAUAUUCACAGGAUCAUCUCAUAAUUUGCCACCACUCACCAAAUUGUGUUCAGGUUUCCUUGAAUCAUUAUUGGAAAAGAGGACAGCUGCUGUGGAGUAACUCUAGAUGGCUGUUUAGAUACAUACAGGUGUUUCUUACGCCAGCCUUUUAGGGUGAUGUUAGAUGCAAGUGUUCUCUCAGCCACUUUUUUGCGUUCAAGAGAACCUGUCCAUUCUUUGUUUCUGAAACAUCACCAAUGAAGGAAGCUGUCUGGUUGAUGAAGCAAGAUGAGCUCAGAGGGAGGCUUGAGGUGAGUACCAACAAGCUAUAAGGUUAGAAUUGAUACCUUAUUGUGAGCAGCGAAGUUUUGUAACAUGAAUAGGGAUCAUAUGUUCAUUGAUUUUCAUACUUGUGCAAAACUCACUUCAGAGGCCUUUGAGUUCAAAUUUUAGAAUGGAUAUAUUGAGUUUUAUGAAUAGAAAAGGAUUAUGUUUCAUUAUGUAAAUUAAGAAAACAUGUACCCACAAAAAAAAAUAAAAUUGAGGUAAUCAGUGUGAUGCUAAA